AUGGCCAAGGUCUUGAGCUCUGCCGCGACGCUCACAGUCGUCGUCGAUGCCUCGCGGCUGCGACACACGCGCCGCUGUAACGGCCGUGCGACCUGCUCCUGUGAGCUGCGCAUCCAGAGCGCCUUUUUCCAGAAGACACUGACGGAUAUUGUCGCGCAAGGCAAGAGACGUCGAGCGGGUGAGCGCCGGCCAGCGGUCAUCGUGGCCCAAGUCACGAAGCGCAAGUACCAGAGAGUGAGCAACAUCCAGCAACUGUCUCUGGAGCUGAAGGUGCGCAUCGCAGCGUUUCUAGCACCUCGUGCGCUCGGUCGACUUGGAACGAUUAACAAGAAGUUUAGACGGGACGUGGACCUCAUGGCCAAGCGGAUGAUGGAGGAGUUUCUCGCUGAGGCGCCACUACACAAACUGCUCAAGCAGGAGAGACCUACGACGACCGAGUCGUGGUCGCAAUUCAUGCACAAACAAAUGACGUGUGUCCACAAGAUCUUUGUGUAUUAUACUGGCUACAAAACCGGCGCAAUGCGGCAGGAGUCCCCGCAUUGGGCGUUUGGCGUUAUCGAUGUCGAUCCAAACGAACCAUAUUGUAGUAUACUGCCGAACACGUGGACGUUCCAUGGGCAUACCCCUUGGCUUCAGCGGCGCAGUAACGGAAGAGGCGGUGAGUGGCGACUGGCAAAGAAGUAUACGCCAAAGAAAGCACCGUUUGAUUUUGUAACGCACGUGAAGUCGUGGGCGAGCACGUUACGGCCUGGGUCCUGGCUAGCGAUCGCCUAUAAAAACGCAGGAUGUCUGGAACCAGCGUGGUGGGAAGCGCAAGCUUGGUACCUUUGGCGCGGUGACGGCAAGCAAUAUCCUGCGACCGUGUUUGAUCCCGAGACAGAGGCUCAUAUGCACGUGCGUCCAGAUGACUUGAUUGAACACUUUAGGACACAUCCGCUGCAUGUUAUUGACGUGUCAACAAAACCCGGAGCAUUAUGCACACGAUGUGCUAGCCGAAACAGGACUUUUGGAUAUUGUCAUGUAGACAGAGGACAUCCCAUGUUGUAG